AGGAGCAGUAUAGACCUAGCCGGUUCAUUAUAUACAUCUACAUGAUGUAUUGUUACACCAUGUAGGAGCAGUAUAGACCUAGUCUGUUCAUUAUAUACGUCUACAUGAUGUAUUGUUACACCAACAAAAUGAAGGGAAAUAACCAGCUUAAAUAACAAGUAACCAGCUUUUGGGCUAAAAUAUCCUGGUAGUGGGUAGAGUUGAUUUAUUUUAUACAAACAUAUACACACAACUUUAUCAAGGGUAUCUAUAACUAGGUGCUUAUUUUGAUAUCUAGUUAUUUGACUGAAUCAGAAAUACAGAUGUGGAGUAGAUGUAGAGUUUGUUUUAAAUUCUCAUAAAAUCUGACCUAAUCAAACAACACUUGUUGCUCUUUGUGCGUGUUGAUAUAAUAUUCAUAUUUAAUGGAGAGAAAAAAAACGUUUCCCUAAACUGCUUUAUAAUAUUAUAAUUCUCGACCAUGAGCUCACAAAUCUACUCUCCUGCUAAAGAAGAGCAGGUCUGCUGGAUGGAGAAAGAAGCUCUCGUGAAAGAGGAGGAGGAAGAGGAGGCUGUUACAAUACAAAAACAAGUAGAGGGUGAGGAUGUCACAGUGAAAGAAGAAGAGAAAGACGUUUCAGUGAAAGAAGAGGAAGACGCGUUCAGAGUGAAAGAGGAGGAUGUUACAGUAAAAGAAGAGGAGGAUGCAGUUUAUGGAGUGAAAGAGGAGGAGGAUGUUACAGUUUUUGGAGUGGAGGAUGAAAUUAAAGAAGAUGAAAACGUUUUUGGAAUGAAGGAUGAAGAGGGGGAGGUUACUGUCACAUUAGAGGAGGACGAAGAAGAGAAGACUGGAGAUAUGAUUCACACCAGUAAAUACAGAGAGAGACGGGACUAUCGUGGAUCCUCUGGGGAUCCUAAACAACAUCAUGAUGCUGACGAGGCAGAGAAGAGUCUCCAGAUCAGAACUUCUCAAGAAACACCAACAGAGACCCACAGGGAAUAAAUCAAAUUGCUGCUCUGACUGUGGGAAAUGUUUCAUAAGAACUAAUUCACUAAAAGUACACCUGAGAAUUCACACUGGAGGGAAAUCUCACUGCUGCUCUGACUUUGGGAAAAGAUUCAAUUCUCCAGUAGACCUUAAAAUAUAUAAAAUAAUUCACACUGGAGAGAAAUCUUUUGUGUGUGAUCACUGUGGGAAGAGUUUUAUUCGGCUAAAAACUCUGAAAACACACCAGAGAAUACACACAGGAGAGAAAUCUUAUAGCUGUAAUCAAUGUGGGAAGAGUUUUUCUACAUCUAGUUAUCUAAGGAUACACCAGAGAACACACACAGGAGAGAAACCAUAUAGCUGUGGGAAGUGUUUCACUCAGCUAAAUAGCCUGAUAGUACACCAGAGAACACACACAGGAGAGAAAUCUCAUCAAUGUGGGAAGAGUUUUGGUACAUCUGGAUGUCUGACCACACCAGAGAACACAUACAGGAGAGAAAUCUCAUCAAUGUGGGAAGAGUUUUACUACAUCUAGCCAGCUGACUUUACACCAGAGAACACACACUGGGGAGAAAUAUUAUAGCUGUGAUCAAUGUGGGAAGGGUUUUUCUCGGCCAGACAGCCUGAAUAUACACAAGCGGACACACACAGGAGAGAAACCUUAUAGCUGUAGUCAAUGUGUACAUCUAGCCAGCUGACUUUGCACCAGAGAAGACACACAGAAGAGAAAUAUCUUAGCUGUAAUCAAUGUGGGAAGAGAUACUCUGAUAAAAGAUCUCUGACUAAACAUCAGAAAAUACAUGGAGUAUACAUGUUAUCAAUUAAAUAAUGUCACAAUGUAGAAUGUUUUAACAUUGUAGAAGGAGUAUUUUAAUGUCACAAUGUAGAACCCUAAACGUUUGUCGCCUGUUCUAUUGAUUUCAGCAUGAUAUGGAUAUUAGCCUCAGGGGGGAAAUCCAGGCUCUGAAUUGAAAGAGUUACUAUUUAUGAGAUUUAACAAAAAGUGACUAACAAGAAAAGAGCUGUGUUACACUUACCACGUUGGUGACCCACUGGAAUCAAAACGCCACAAUUCAAAAUGUAGCGAUCUGUUUUUUACAAACUGUCCUCUAACCAGUGAUGUACACAUUACUCCCAGAUUCCGUGUGGUUUUUGAGCUGUUUUAACAGGACGUGCAACUUCAUCUCCCCCCUCUCGCACAAUUGAUUUCAACAUGAUAUUGUUGAUUGAUGACAAAUGUGUUGCGUUCCUUUGUUUAGCGAACUAUACAUUUAAAUGCAUCACUCCAAAAUGUAGCUGACUGUCGUCUGCAGGCUUUCCUGUAACCAGUGAGGUAAAAUAUAUCUCCCACUUCCAUGUGUUUGACCAAAAUGAAAAAUAUAAAAAUAUAAAAAUAUAAAAAAAUGAAUAAUGGCAAUUA